CAUUAUGCCUGCCAAAUGAAUAAUUUAUCGCAGUGUGUCGAUUCAGGGCGCGCGUCCCCGGGGGCCGCGGCGCGGGGCCGAAGGGGUCCGCCGCGGAGCCCGCGUCAGUCCGGCGCGAGCGGCCGAGCGAGCGCCAUGUCUGCGUGCGCGCCGCGCGCCUGUUGCAGGCCGCGCGCCCCGCCGACGCUCCUCGACAUCACCGCUAAAAUAGUGGCCGCGGCGAUCCCGUUCCAACGCAUCGAGGAACGCUAUGAGCGCAUCCCGGAGCCCGUGCAACGUCGUGUGGUGUAUUGGUCGUUUCCUAGGGACGAGCGGGACAUUUGUAUGUACUCGUCCCUGGCGCGAGCGCCCCCGGAUGACCACCGCAACAUCGCCUUCUGCCGCGGGCUGAAGCUGCUGGAAGCCGGUUGUGUGGAGAGUGUGCUACAAGUCGGUUUCCACUUGAGCGGUGUGGUGCGUGCGCCGGCGGCGGUUCCGCCAUGUUCGGAGCCCGAACGACUGUACAGGGUCACUGUCUCCUUCGACCGAUGCAAGAUCACCGGUGUGACAUGCAGCUGCGAGGCGCGGGACAUCUUCUGGUGCCAGCACGUUGUAGCGCUGGCGCUGUACCGCAUCAGGAACGCAGAUUCCGUCCGACUGCGAGUGCCCAUAUCAGAAACCCUCCUCCAAAUGGACAGACAGCAGCUCCAAAAGUUCGUCCAGUACCUUAUCGCCGAGCACCACACGGAGGUGCUGCCGACAGCACAGCGGUUAGCUGACGAGGUCCUUCAGGCCCGGUCGGCUAUUAACAGGAUCUGUGGUGCUCCGGACCCUACGGCUGGACCGCCACCAGAUGCCCAUCAUGCUUGGCAUUUGGAUGAGCAACAGGUGUGCGAGCAAGUCAGGGCGUACUUACUACAGGGGACUUAUUACAAUGCAAACAAGCAACUUAAUUCAUUAUUUUCUAAGGUACGAGAAAUGCUCCGAGCCCAAGACUCCAACGGCCCUCGAAUGCUAAUGCUCAUGACUGAGCAGUUCCUCUCCGACCCUCGUCUCCUCCUCUGGAGGAACCAGAACACCCCCAUGACAGAAAAGUGCCGGCAACUGUGGGAGCAGCUAGGCGCACUCUGGGUCAGCAUAGUGCUGGACCCGGGCAGCAACAAGCACCACAGGAUACAGUGGAGGCAUCUGUUGGAAAAGUGGAGUGCGGUGGAGGUGUGCCCUACUGAGGAUCCGGAUUACAGAUCGUUUCCAUUGUAUGCGAGAGAAAGGGAAAGAAACGAGAGAGAUCGUGACAGAGACCACAGAGACAGGGACAGAGAAAGACAUCGUGACAGGGAGGAAAGGGACAGGGAGAGAUUACGGGAGCGCGAGGAGAGGGACAGAGAAAGACAUAGAGAGAGACAAAGGAGAGAAAUGCAUUCCCAUUCGGAGAGUUCCGAUGAAGAACCUAGACCUAAUAAUUAUGAACGUGAAUACAGGAGAGCCAGUAAGAGAUUAAGACUUCACAACCAAAGGCCGGCGCCAUCGCUGACGCCGCGAACAGUUUUCCACAAAGCGCUGGACGCUGUAGACAUAUCCUGGGAGAAUGAGCACCUCAAGAACAUCCUCGGCAGCGACGAGUACGCCGACUGCGAGAAGGGCAAGCCGGGGGGAUCCAACACCAAGCACCAGCCUUACCCUAAGUUCAACGACCUUGGACAACCGCUGUGGCACGAGCACUUGCCCGUGGUGGGAGCGCGGAUAGAAGCGCUCCGUGCACACGGGCGCGCGCCGGCGGCGCUGCGGUUAGCGGUCAGCGCCGCCAGGGCCAUGCGCCAUCGACAGGAGGUCGCCCAACAGCGAUGGCAAGAGGUCGGCGCCGGCGAGGCCUCGUCCAGCGGCGGCGCCACGCCCGCCUGCCCCGGCCCGGACGCCUGCCCCGGCACGUGCGGGGAGCGGGUCAAGCUGUCCCAAGUGUGCGCGCACAUGGACCCGGGCGCGUGUCUGACGGGCGGCCCCACGUGUGCGCUGUCGCACUCGCACCGGUGUAUAGGGAGAGACAGCUUAUGCUGGACGGGCUGGACGCUGGAGGCGAUCUGGUGCGUGUACGAGUGCCUCGCGGACGCGUGCCUCGCGCCCGACGACCAGCGCGCCUCGCCUCGCCUCCACACGUACUUGGACGAGGAGCCGAAUACUGGUUUGCCUCCUAGAUACCAGCACGUACCCGUAGCAGGCAGCAAGAACCCCGAAGAAACGUACUUGGCACUAGCGCUAGAGGCAGCCCUAUUAGGAUUGGGGUUACAGCGAAUGUUACCAAGUGGUCUCUACGCGCAAGAGCGGUACUGCAAGCAGGAGGAGCGACUAAUAGGCCAGCUGCAGCGCGUGGAAGGCGAGGCGGCGGCGGCGGUGGGCGCGCGCGUGGCGACGGCGCUGCUGGACGGCGGCCCCUCCUCCUGCCUCGGCGCGCGCGUGCACCCCCGCUCCGCGCCCGCGCACACCUUCGCGCGCUUCCUGUUCCUGGCGCUGCUGCCCGCCGAGCCAGAGUUAGCGUACAGGGUGGGACUGCGGGCUAUGAGGUUAGUCCUUGUUACUUGUAUCGGCGCUGCUGGACGGCGGCCCCUCCUCCUGCCUCGGCGCGCGCGUGCACCCCCGCUCCGCGCCCGCGCACACCUUCGCGCGCUUCCUGUUCCUGGCGCUGCUGCCCGCCGAGCCAGAGUUAGCGUACAGGGUGGGACUGCGGGCUAUGAGGUUAGUCCUUGUUACUUGUAUCGGCGCUGCUGGACGGCGGCCCCUCCUCCUGCCUCGGCGCGCGCGUGCACCCCCCGCUCCGCGCCCGCGCACACCUUCGCGCGCUUCCUGUUCCUGGCGCUGCUGCCCGCCGAGCCAGAGUUAUCCUUGUUACUUGUAUCGGCGCUGCUGGACGGCGGCCCCUCCUCCUGCCUCGGCGCGCGCGUGCACCCCCGCUCCGCGCCCGCGCACACCUUCGCGCGCUUCCUGUUCCUGGCGCUGCUGCCCGCCGAGCCAGAGUUAGCGUACAGGGUGGGACUGCGGGGCUAUGAGUCCUUGUUACUUGUAUCGGCGCUGCUGGACGGCGGCCCCUCCUCCUGCCUCGGCGCGCGCGUGCACCCCCGCUCCGCGCCCGCGCACACCUUCGCGCGCUUCCUGUUCCUGGCGCUGCUGCCCGCCGAGCCAGAGUUAGCGUACAGGUCCUUGUUACUUGUAUCGGCGCUGCUGGACGGCGGCCCCUCCUCCUGCCUCGGCGCGCGCGUGCACCCCCGCUCCGCGCCCGCGCACACCUUCGCGCGCUUCCUGUUCCUGGCGCUGCUGCCCGCCGAGCCAGAGUUAGCGUACAGGGUGGGACUGCGGGCUAUGAGGUUAGUCCUUGUUACUUGUAUCGGCGCUGCUGGACGGCGGCCCCUCCUCCUGCCUCGGCGCGCGCGUGCACCCCCGCUCCGCGCCCGCGCACACCUUCGCGCGCUUCCUGUUCCUGGCGCUGCUGCCCGCCGAGCCAGAGUUAGCGUACAGGGUGGGACUGCGGGCUAUGAGGUUAGUCCUUGUUACUUGUAUCGGCGCUGCUGGACGGCGGCCCCUCCUCCUGCCUCGGCGCGCGCGUGCACCCCCGCUCCGCGCCCGCGCACGACCUUCGCGCGCUUCCUGUUCCUGGCGCUGCUGCCCGCCGAGCCAGAGUUAGCGUACAGGGUGGGACUGCGGGCUAUGAGGUUAGUCCUUGUUACUUGUAUCGGCGCUGCUGGACGGCGGCCCCUCCUCCUGCCUCGGCGCGCGCGUGCACCCCCGCUCCGCGCCCGCGCACACCUUCGCGCGCUUCCUGUUCCUGGCGCUGCUGCCCGCCGAGCCAGAUCCUUGUUACUUGUAUCGGCGCUGCUGGACGGCGGCCCCUCCUCCUGCCUCGGCGCGCGCGUGCACCCCCGCUCCGCGCCCGCGCACACCUUCGCGCGCUUCCUGUUCCUGGCGCUGCUGCCCGCCGAGCCAGAGUUAGCGUACAGGUCCUUGUUACUUGUAUCGGCGCUGCUGGACGGCGGCCCCUCCUCCUGCCUCGGCGCGCGCGUGCACCCCCGCUCCGCGCCCGCGCACACCUUCGCGCGCUUCCUGUUCCUGGCGCUGCUGCCCGCCGAGCCAGAGUUAGCGUACAGGUCCUUGUUACUUGUAUCGGCGCUGCUGGACGGCGGCCCCUCCUCCUGCCUCGGCGCGCGCGUGCACCCCCGCUCCGCGCCCGCGCACACCUUCGCGCGCUUCCUGUUCCUGGCGCUGCUGCCCGCCGAGCCAGAGUUAGCGUACAGGUCCUUGUUACUUGUAUCGGCGCUGCUGGACGGCGGCCCCUCCUCCUGCCUCGGCGCGCGCGUGCACCCCCGCUCCGCGCCCGCGCACACCUUCGCGCGCUUCCUGUUCCUGGCGCUGCUGCCCGCCGAGCCAGAGUUAGCGUACAGGUCCUUGUUACUUGUAUCGGCGCUGCUGGACGGCGGCCCCUCCUCCUGCCUCGGCGCGCGCGUGCACCCCCGCUCCGCGCCCGCGCACACCUUCGCGCGCUUCCUGUUCCUGGCGCUGCUGCCCGCCGAGCCAGAGUUAGCGUACAGGGUGGGACUGCGGGCUAUGAGGUUAGUCCUUGUUACUUGUAUCGGCGCUGCUGGACGGCGGCCCCUCCUCCUGCCUCGGCGCGCGCGUGCACCCCCGCUCCGCGCCCGCGCACACCUUCGCGCGCUUCCUGUUCCUGGCGCUGCUGCCCGCCGAGCCAGAGUUAGCGUACAGGGUGGGACUGCGGGCUAUGAGGUUAGUCCUUGUUACUUGUAUCGGCGCUGCUGGACGGCGGCCCCUCCUCCUGCCUCGGCGCGCGCGUGCACCCCCGCUCCGCGCCCGCGCACACCUUCGCGCGCUUCCUGUUCCUGGCGCUGCUGCCCGCCGAGCCAGAGUUAG